UCGAGUUCGUCUCAACUUCGAGGACAACGAACGGGACAUCUUCGUAUUCUCGACUAAACGUACAUCGUUAUAGUCAUUGUCAUCGAGUUUAAUCGGAGAAGAAGAGGACAAGAUUCUUCGCGAAAAUAUUUAAAAGAAGGAAGGAAGGAAGUAAACUUCAACGAGAGACUUUUGCUUCUUCUAUUUUUUAACGUCGAAAGAAUGUUCAUCAGCUCGUUCAUCUUACUCGCAACGUCGAUCGUUCUUUCGUUUGCCGAGGAUUUGUCUUCGAACAAUCCGUUCUCUAUCAAACGUGCUCCGAUGAAUUUUCAAGGUAUACGUGGUAAAAAAGAUGAUCUCACAUCUAUUCAACACGGUGGUUUAUCUAAAAGAACACCCAUGAGUUUCCAGAGUAUGCGUGGGAAAAAGGACUUAAUUAACAAUGAGGACAAUUUUCCACAUGAGGUAGAAAUAUCUGAUAAACGAACACUUAUGGGAUUACAAGACAUGAGAGGAAAAAACAAUUUUCUAAUUCCUGACUUCGAGGAUGCUUAUUUCCAAGAUAAUUAUGACAAGCGAGCACCAAUGGGAUUUCAAGGUAUGAGAGGAAAAAAAGCUAUGUCUGAUGAUGAGUAUUAUAAACGUGCACCAAUGGGAUUUCAAGGAAUGAGAGGAAAGAAAUCUCUUGAAGAAGUACUAGAGGAGAUCGAAAAGAGAACGUCAAAAGGAUUCCAAGGUAUGAGGAGUAAGCAAACCCACUUGUUCGACUAUCCAGAAGAAUAUGAGAAGAGGUCAUUGGAGAUGGGAUUUCAAGGUAUACAUGGAAAGAAGGAAGCAUUCCCAAUGGAGUGGGAGAAAAGAGCUCCCAUGGGAUUUCAGGGAAUGAGAGGAAAGAAGGCACUCUACGAUGAAAUGAUAGAAGAAUUAGAAAAACGUGCUAUCAUGGGUUUACAGGAAAUUCAAGAAAGGGAGGGCGUCAAUGAUAAUUAUGUGGAUUAUUUCCUGGAUCCGAUCGAUUAUGAAAAAAGAGCGCCGAUGGGUUUCCAAGGUAUGAGGGGUAAAAAGGAUAGUGACAAACGUGCACCCAUGGGUUUCCAAGGUAUGAGAGGCAAACGGAACGUCAUACAACUUUAUGGAAUCAAUGGGAAAACAGCGCAGACGGAAUUCCAAGGCGAUACAAACGAUAGAAGAGACGGCAUAUCGUCAUACCAAUUUGAAAAGCGAUCGCCCUUCCGAUAUUUCGGAAUUCGCGGUAAGAAAAAUCCACGAUGGGAGAUUCGGGGAAAAUUCGUAGGCGUGAGAGGCAAAAAAUGGGCGACAGCUCCAUACGUGGAUAACGGCAGCCUCAAAAAUGUUUUUGAUAACAUCAAAAGGAUCGACGUGAAGACGGGCCCGACCGUGGCAUUAGAUGUCCAGUAAUGGUACCAAAUGUAAACCUUACAGUCGCUACAUUAUUCGAUCUAUCCAACAAAAACGACAUAUUACGGUCAUGGUGAGCCGAACGCGAAGUUUAAUUCGUUGAUUUUAGUUAAAAAUAAUUAUUGUAGAGCCCAAAUUUCUUUUUUUUUCUUUUUCUAGUCGUAGUGCUUUACUAUCUAGUCAAUAUAAUAUAUGAUAGAUAAUUCGUACGUCAAAAUGAACAAAAAGAAAGGAAGAAAAAGAAAAAGAAAAAGAAAAAAGGAAAAAAGAAAACUAAAAUAAAAAAGAACCACCUCAUUUGACUUGCGUUUCUCAAGAGGAAUGCAGACGCUAAAAUCAAAGAACGAAAAAAAUUGUGACUGUUCAUACGAAAGCAUUUUGAAAAAAGCCUAUAUCAGUAUUAUCGUUAACUUGUGCGAUUACCGAUUAUUUAAGAGUGAGAGUGAGAGAGAGUGUAUGAAAAAAUUAAAGAGAGAAAGAGAGAGAAAAAGAAAGAAUGUAUGACAGUUAUAUAUAUAUAUAUAUAUAUAUAUAUAUAUAUAUAGAGAGAGAGAGAGAGAGAGAGAGAGAGAGAGAGAAAGAAAGAAAGAGAAAGAGUUACCUUAUUUUUCGUUUCUAAAUGUAUAGUAAGAGGCUAUAGCGAAGCAAUUAAAUAUCCCAAAUCAUUAAAAAAAUGCAUAACAAUGAUGUGAAUAUAAGGGUAAAUGGUAAAAAAAGAUAUUUAAUACACGCAUACACAUAGAUACACAUAAAUACACACACAUACAUAUAGAUACACACACAUACACGAACAUAUACAUAUAUAUGGGAUGUUUCAUUUUAAAUUCAUUGUUACAAACAAAUGUUCAAAUAAAAGUUUUUAAGUUUCGAAGGGAAAAUGUAAUAUGUAUUACAAUUUCAUCCUAGAAGGAGCAAUUGUCAAAAUAUGAAAAUCAUUACGAUCGUUUUAAAUAGAAAUUGAUAUUUUAGGAUUAACAAAAGUUGUAGAAAAUAUCAAUACGAAUCCAACGAACAUCUACAUUGUACCUUUUUAUCGAUAUUGCACUUUGAAUUUUAACGUACUGCGUUGCAUUUUAAAGUAAUUAUUGCGUGCAAUCGCAAUAAUGCAAUCAAUUUUCCUGUAAACAUUUCUUUGAUAACCACUAAUUAAUUUUUAAUUUGCUUUUUUUUUUAUUUUAUUUAUUUUUUUCAUACGUUUUUGAAGUUAUGAUCAUUAGUAUCUUUCAGAAGUCAUAAAUAACAUUAUUGCAAUUAAAGUUUCCUAGACUUCAUAACUCGAUAAAAUAUUGAUGAUAAGUUAAGUACCUACAUUGUAAAUGCUCAUUGGAUUUGUACUGAUAAUCUAUGAUUUUUGUUUGGCUAAAAUAUCGAUUUUCAUUAAAAAAAAUUAUGACUUCUUUAUGUUGACAAUAGUGCCCUCUAUAAAAUAGCUGCAAUAAAUUUCUUCCUCAAAGCACUAGUAACUUUUAUAUGAAAAAUUUGUUUAUUACAUUAAUAGAAAUGGAGAUAUUUAGGCAUAUCAUUUAAAAUGAGACACCCUAUAUAGCACUAGAUAGGAAUAUAUUUUUCUCUGAAUGUUAUAAAGUAGAUAUAUCUACAUCUAUAUUUGUGUACCUCGUAAAAGUGAUAUUUUUCCUUUUAAAACCAUACUUUGGUCAUCUGCAAUGCUAAAGCUCGCACAAUAUUUGUAUAUCUAAUUUAGUCCUAAACGUACCACUAUUAGCAAGAAUUUAUCUUAUACUAGUAUUCAUAUACUUCCAAAAAAUCUGAACUAUAUACCUCCCUAUAUAAUUUCUUAGAAUAGCAAAUGCGAGUCGAAGUUGAAGGAAACUAUUACCAAAAAUAUCAAACUAAUGAGAUGGGAUAGAACAGAAUAAGUGUGAUACUACUUUAUAUUUCUUAUGCAGCUGAUGUACCUGAAAUGCACGAAUUUCUUUCCUCUGUACUUUUCUAAAAACAAUUGCUAUUCCUUCUAUAAAGUGAGAUGUUUUUGGUGAAUGCUUCUAGUAAGCUCGAUCAGCAGAUUUCCUAGGCUGGAAGAGGAACAAGCUUUGUAUUUUAAUUCUUAAUCCUAGUCCUAAACAUAAUCUAAUAUAGUCCUACAUACUUUAUGAUUAAGGCACAAAUAUGAAAGAAAAAAGUCUUUAUUAGGCUAAUGAAUCUAUCAGUAAGAUAGUUGAAAUAUGUCUUACAAUAUUCUAUGACUACAAAGUAUGUAGAUUAAAGAAAGUAUCUCCUAACAAUAAAAUGCACCAUUAUCAUAUGCUUGGUGACCAAAGUAUGGUAAACAAAUAAAAUACUGCAGAAGAUUUUAACAUAUUUUUUUUCAUUCUUUCAAGAUUAAAAUGUAGUAGAUUCUUUAAUUGAAAUUUUCUAAUUACAAAGAAAUAUUUUUAUAUCAAGUAAUUUUUUC